AUGAAUGUAUUUGGGGCCUGGUUGCUUACACUGCAGAAGGCUGAUGGCAGUAACCUCAGCUUCUCCGCGAUCAACACUCACAGAGCCGGUCUAUUUAAUCUCUAUCGCGACUACGGGCACGAGAUGUCACCGGUAAUGGAGAAGGAGAUGCGUCAGUACUUUAAAGGCCUCAAGCGAGAGAUGGCUAGUGCUGCUGCCCGUGGAGAAGCGCGAGUGAAGACUGGAAAGGACCCUCUAUCGUUCGAAUUAUACCGCUAUCUAUGCGAGCGGCUACUUCAAUGCUCAUCUAAGGACAUGAUGUUUGCGCGGACGUACAUAAUUAUUGCCUGGAAUCUGAUGUGCAGAUCGGCGAACGCUUUUAGUAUUCGUUAUAUUCACAUCGAGUGGAGUGGUGACGCGUUAUGUGUCUACUUUGCACACCAAAAGAAUGACCAGGAAGGAAACAGGCCUCGCGACCCUCGGCACAUUUAUGCCAAUCCUUUGAAGCCAGAGUUAUGCCCGGUGCUCGCUAUAGCCACGUUCUGGGCGACAUCGUCUUUUAUUGGAGAUGACCGCCUCUUCCCGGGUAGUAACCAGUAUGAACGUUUUCGCAAGUGCCUGCAACGACUGCUAGAGAGUGAAGAUGUUGCUCAUGAGCUACGCCGACGUGGCGUUCACAAGGAUGAGCUAGGUACGCACUCGAUGCGUAAGGGAGCUGCGACUUAUUGUGCAUCUGGAUCGACGGCAUGUCCGUCAUCGACGUCUGUACACCUUCGAGCAGGGUGGUCAUUGGGCGGAGUACAAAAUACAUACUUACGCUAUGAGUCAGCUGGCGACAUGCACGUUGGCAGAACCGUGUCAGGACUGCCACCAGAUAGCCAUGAAUUCGCUAUGCUCCCGCCGCAUUUUGGUAAUCGUGACGCUGACGUUGAAGCUGCAAUUGAGUGCGUAUUUCCUGAGCUUCCUACAAACCUCACAUACGUUGGUGAGUUUUGCUUAGCCUCACUGGUCUACCAUGCACCGUAUUUACGAACUCACCUGGACCCCAACCAUCCCUUAUUUGAGACCCCGCUAUUUCAACACCCAAGCUUGAUUGCGGAUCUGUCUCGCAAGGUAACUUGCAAUGGUAAUCGCCUGCAAGCUACGGGGAUACCUCCUCAUGUAGCCAUAUUGGAGAAGAUGAAGUCACUGCUUGACGCCAAUCUGAAGACAAUGGAGCGCGUUGACGCCACUCGAGUGGCUACAGUUACGGACAUAAUGCGCGAAUUGGAGAAUCGCGCCAUUGGCGCUGGUACAGUAACGUUUGAUGGACUGGACGCUGCGCUAAAACGAUGCCUAGAUACUGCUGGUGUCACUGAACUCAUUAGCAAACUCAACGUUGCCCCAGGGGAUGCUUCUGUGGUGCCGGAAAUCCCUCCAGGCCAGCCUUCUACUCCUUGCUUCUUUUGGGAUGGCCGAUUCCGCCGCGUUCCGGCUGACUUCAAGCUCUGUGAGUGCUCCGUUGAAAAGCUGUGGGUGCUGUGGCAAUGUGGUAACACCAGCAAAAACAUACCACCUCCUCCGAGUGUUGGACGGCCGUGA